CGAAACCUCCAAAAACCCUAAUUUUUGGACCGUUUAUCUCUUCGAUUGACAACAAUGAAGCUUCGGCCUCGCAGUUCUCGGCCUUCGAUUGAAGGCAAUAAUAACUGAGGUAUAAAGAUCUCGGAUGAAGACAAAGAUAAUGUGGGAUCUUCAGAUUCUGAUUAUCAGGAGUUACUUGAGAAAGGUAUACCUUCUAUCUGUGUAUGUGUAACUAUAUUUUCCGUGAUUUGGUAAAAAGGCUUAUCUUGGAAUCUUGUGAAUGGAGAUAGUUUCUUGAAUAACGUUAAUGUGGGGAGGAAUGGCGUUGUUGGCUUGAGCGGUGGGUUCUGUUUAGAAUCUUGUAUUAAACUUAUGUGAAUGUAGGCAAAAAUUCUUUGAGUGCAAUGGAAGAGAACAAAGUGGGAGGGAAUUUCAAUUUAAAUCAUCAACGGGAGGCCGAGAUUGAAUUCAUUGAUGACGAAGGGAUUGAUAGUGAUUUUGAUAUUGAGCAGGAGGUAGCAAAAUGGAUAAAAGUAUGGUCAAAGAAGAAUAGAGGACGGCUGAGUCGCAAGAGAAAGGAAGAGGAAGAGAUUGUGAACGCAAUCAAUGAGGAAGAGCAAGUGGCUCAUGAUCUGGAGUUUGAUAAGAAGAAUGAUAAGAAGAGGAAGAGGAGAAAAAAGAGUAAGCCGAUAUUGAUGUGGGAAGUUUGGGAAGAAGAGAAUGAGAGAUGGAUCAACGAGAAUAUGGUAACAGAUAUUGAAUUGUAUAAUCAGGAUAAACUGGUGGCUGAAACUGCUGAGCCAACUUCGGAUUUGAUUAUGCCAUUGUUGAGGUACCAGAAGGAAUGGUUAGCUUGGGCACUGAAGCAAGAAGAGUCUGCUUUUAAAGGGGGUAUUCUAGCGGAUGAGAUGGGGAUGGGGAAGACUGUCCAAGCCAUUGCACUGGUUCUUUCUAAAAGGGAAUUACACCGAGCAACUUGUGGACCCAGUGGAGUUUCAACAUUGCCCAGUACCAGCUCAUCUACAGGGUUGUCAGAAAUUAAGGCCACCCUUGUGAUUUGUCCAUUGGUUGCUGUGAUCCAGUGGGUUGCUGAGAUUGAUCGGUUCACGUCAAAAGGAAGCAACAAAGUGUUGAUUUACCAUGGAGCCAAAAGAGGGAAAACUCUUCGCGAAUUCUCAGAAUAUGAUUUUGUCAUAACUACAUACACGACAGUUGAGGCUGAAUACAGGAGAAAUGUGAUGCCACCUAAAGAGAAGUGCCAAUGGUGUGGAAAGUUAUACCAUGGGCAUAGGAUGUCUGUUCACCUGAAAUACUAUUGUGGGCCUGGUGCUCUUAGAACUGAUAAUCAGUCAAAGCAGCAGAGGAAGGGGCAGAAACUUGGAGUUAAAAUAGCAAAGCAGAAAACAUCUGCCAAAGGCAAGGCCAGUGAAUCAGUGGGUGAUAAAAAGAAGGGAGCUGGUGAGAAGGCCCUGAAGCAAUUUGGGAGAACCAAUGGUAGUAAAUCUAUUUUGCACCAUGUGAAAUGGAACCGCAUCAUUUUGGAUGAAGUGGCAGCUUUUAGACACAUCAUCUGGUAUAACUUUGUAAGGGACAACUAUGGGAAGCAUCAUUCUACGUGGUGGCGGCGAUAUGAUAAUGAACCUGCUCAUAAAAAAGGUCUUGUUUUUAACGAUUCUUCAUAUAAAUGGGCUUUAAGUGGCACUCCCGUCCAGAAUCGGGUUGGAGAAUUUUACUCACUUGUACGCUUUCUACAGAUAAUUCCGUACUCAUUUUACUUCUGCAAGGAUUGUGAUUGUAGAACACUUGAUUAUAGGCAACAUGGCACGGGGCAAAAUGAUUGCCCACACUGUCCUCACAUAUGUGAGAGGCACUUUUGCUGGUGGAACAAAUAUAUUGCUAAACCAAUUAAAGCUCAUGGCAACGAUGACGACGGUAGAAGGUCCAUGAUUUUGCUGAAGAACAAAAUUUUGAGAAGCAUUCUGUUAAGGCGGACUAAAAAAGGCAGGGCUGCAGAUCUUGCACUUCCUCCAAAAAAUGUGAAAUUGAGACGGGAUUCAUUGGAUGUUGAAGAGGAAGACUACUACAAAUCUUUGUACAAUGAAAGUCGGGCACAAUUCAAUACGUAUGCUAGAUAA